UCCCUAUAACUACAGCUGUUCCUGGGUUUCGCGCUGAGCCUUAUGUUCCUACCGGGUCUCCUGUAUGCUUUACUCCCGCUCUCUGCGUUUGGAGGACUUCUCUUCGCGCCGUUCAUACUGAUCCCCUGGAGUAUGCUGCCUGACGUCAUAGACGACUACACGUUAGAGCGAGGCGACAGCAAGGAGUCUCUGUUCUUCGGCGUCUUCUCGUUCUUCACUAACACGGGGAAAGCUGUUUCCCAGGGACUGACAGCGUUUGCACUCAAGUUGUCACACUACAAGACGGGACGAUGUAGCCAACCGGAGUCGGUCAGCCUGACCCUGCGGGUGCUGAUCUCCAUCUGCCCGGCCGUGUACUCCGCCUUCGGGCUACUGGCUCUGUGGCUGUACCCGAUCACCGAGCACGGCAGGAUCGCAACUAACAGGUUCUUAGAGAAAAUACGGUAAGAAACGACGAACAUUGGUUUAUUUC